GAGUAACAUUAACUUCCGGGUACUUCUACGUUUAAAAUCCGUGAGAACAUUUAAACUGUCAGUCAAUGUAGCCUAAUUUUUGUUACACUAGUGAUAGGUGUUUCUGUUGUUGGCCUGUUACUCUAGGAUGGAUAAGGCCGUCCUCUGUAUUUUGAUAGACAAGAACGAUAAAUCCGAAUAUGUUUGUUUUACGCAAAAGAAGCCAGAAGGAAUACACAUUGGACUGAGCAAUGGUGAAGAUGUUUGGAAAGCAGAUCUCUCAGAAGAGAUGCUAUCCCAGCUUAAAAAGAAAACGUUCUUGAAGUCAACAGAGGAUUAUGCCCUGAAGCUUAAGAGUGCAUGCCAGAAUGGCAAUGCAUUCAUCUCUCUGCAGGAGGACAGUGCCGUGCUUACCCUAGGCUCGGAGUCUACAGACCCGAAUGUGUCAUUUUCCAAACUCCCAGAUCUCGAGGGAAGAACACAGAUCAAGGAACUGCUCUUCAGCAUGGCAGGCAGCCUUAUGCAGCAGAACAGUACAGGGGGUCAGUCUUCAAGCCCCAUGAAGAGCCUUCAGAAAAGAAGCACAGCAUUUGAACCCAGGAAACACCACGGUGGCCCAACAAUAGCAGUGAGGAAGCGUCUUCCAGGAGAUUCACUGAUCAACCCAGGGACAAGAAGGAAGCUGGCUGCUACAGGAGUAGAUUUUGAUGAUGGAGAUGACAUGUAAUCUCCUGAUGCUGAUAAUGACACGAAUGUUCCAGUUUUAAUCCACCAACACUAUCACUUACUGUUGCUAAUUACUAUUUUUUAAAUAUGUAACAUUAACAAUACAAAUGUUUUUUAAAGCUCUAUGGAACUAUUCUAAUGAAUUAUGAUGGUUUUUUUUAAAUGAAUUAUGAAUCUAAUGAAUUAUGAUGGUGAUUUUAAGACUGUAAUACAAUGUUAUUUCUAAAAUAAACACUUAAAUUCCUAAA